GCGGAAGUGCGGCCAGGAGUGAACCACGCUGCAAUUAUGGGUGCUCCGGGAGGAAAGAUCAACCGGCCCCGAACGGAGUUGAAGAAGAAGCUGUUCAAGCGCCGGCGAGUUUUGAACCGGGAGCGAAGACUGAAGCGCAAGGUGGUUGGGGCGGUGAUAGACGAAGGGCUGAUCACGAGGCAUCACCUCAAGAAGAGAGCGUCCAGUGCUCGGGCCAACAUUACUCUGUCUGGGAAGAAGCGCAGAAAACUCCUACAGCAGAUCCGGCUUGCACAGAAAGAAAAAGCAGCUAUGGAAGUGGAAGCCCCUUCAAAGCCAACCAGGACUAGUGAAGCACAGUGCAAACGACCAAAGAAGAUAAAAGCCCCCCAGGAUGUAGACAUGGAGGACCUUGAAGGGGAGAGCUAAACUCCUCUACCUGGAUAUUCUCAGCUGAAGCCAGAAGGAUUUGGUAGUUGCUUCAAAGGACUUUGGAGAAAGCAUGAACCUCCUUCAUUUUUCUCAGAUUCCUCUUCUACAGUGGUCUGCUGACUUUCCCUAGAGGGAUGUUAGGAGGGAAAAAGGCACAGAAGAAAGACUGGAGAGCAUCCUCUCUAGCAAUCAAAUCCAUUUGUAAUAAAACCCUAGAGUUUGA